CUGCGAUCGCGAUCGCUUCGUUCGUUGUUUGGCUUUUGGAUCGUUACGGGAUCUCCGAUCGGUGUUCGCUGAUGGCAGUUCGUUGCGCGAUUCUGUCCCGUGCACAUCGUUAAAGUUUUUGGCUUCGGAUAUAAAAAUAAAUCUACUUACAUAUAUGUUUCGUAAAUGAAAAUACCCGAAAUAGAAGCAACGCGGGUGCAGAAAUAAACCAAAACGCGUGUAAUUGUGCCCCCCAAUCACCUAAGUCAAUAAAUAAGCAACAAUCAGGAAAUGGCAGCCAGUGAAGCGCCACCGGCAGAGGCGGUUGUGGAGGUGCAACCACCGGCGCAGCCACCGCCACCAAAGGAUCCGGAAGAAGUGACCCUGGAUGCCAUACUGAAGCACUUGGGUCAGUUUGGACGCUUCCAGCUGAUGAUCUUUAUGCUGAUCUGCCUGCCCAUGAUGUUCCACGCCAUGUUCUCAGUGACGUAUGUCUUCACCGCCAGCACUGUGACGCACAGAUGUCACAUUACAGAGUGCGAUUCGCCCGAGAGCGCCUACAUCGAGCCUUGGACUGAGUUCAGCAUUCCCCGGAACGGCAAGGAUCUGGACCAGUGCAACCGCUACAACAACGACCAGCUGCCCCAGUGGAACCAGUCCGCGGGGGAGGACAUAUGCCAAGCCGAGCAUUAUGGCGCACAAACAGAAUCUUGUCCCGACAAUAAAUUCGUAUUCCGCGAUAAGGAGCUAACCAUUUCCAAUGACUUUGGCAUUUACUGCGAUGAAGAAUGGAAAUUGUCGCUGGUCGGCACCAUCAACAACGUGGGACAGUUCUUUGGCAUUCCGAUUGGCGGAUAUGUGGCAGAUCGCUAUGGACGCAGCUUUUCCAUCGCCCUGGGCGGCAUUAUGGGCGCCGUGCUGGGCAUCGUUCGCUCCUACUCGCCCAGCUACAUUUGGUUCCUGAUCUUUGAGUUUCUGGACAACAUGACGAGCAGCACUUUGUACUCCACCUGUUUCGUAAUCGGCAUCGAGCUGGUGGGACCCAAGCGCCGGGUGCUGGCCUGCAGUGUCAUCACCGUCUUCUAUGCGGUGGGAGAGGUGGCGUUGGCCAUGUUUGCCAAGGCCUUCCCCGACUGGCGUAUUCUCCUGCGCAUCACCUACAUGCCCUCUCUGAUACUGCUGGCCUACUUCUGGAUCCUGCCGGAGAGCGUCCGUUGGCUGCUCAGCCAGGGCAAGGAGGACCGGGCCAAGGGCAUCCUGCGUCGAGCGGCCAAGGUAAACAAGCGGAAGCUCUCGGAUAGCUUGCUGGACAAGCUCAUCCUGGCCAAUCGGGACAAGCUGGAGCAGUCGGCGGAGAGCAGAUUCCCGAUUCGCGAGGCCUUCAAGAACUUCAAGUGGCGCAUAGCCAACUGCUCCUUCUGCUGGAUCGUCCAUGUGCUGGUCUACUAUGGACUCAGUCUGAAUGUGGUGUUGCUCGAUGGCAACAAGUACAACAAUUUUGCCUACAUUGCGCUCGUGGAGAUUCCCGGCUUCUUCCUGCCGCUGCUCAUCAUGGACCGCUUUGGCAGGCGCUUCUCCCUCUGCGGUCUUAUGAUAUUCAGUGGCGUCUGCUGCAUCGGCACCAUUUUCGCUGGCGCAGAUCAGCCCGUGCUGCAGCUGGUGCUCUUCCUGGUCGGCAAGCUGACCAUCACGGCCAGUUUCCAGGUGCUCUACUUCUUCGCCUCGGAGAUCUAUCCAACGAAUCUGAGAAACAGUCUGCUCAGCUUCUGCUCCAUGAUGGGCAGAUUCGGCUCUAUGCUGGCCCCCAAACGCCGCUUCUGGCCAAGUAUUAUGCCAGUGCUCCAGCCAUGCUCUUUGCGGGCGCAGCCAUACUGAGUGGCUGUCUUACCCUGUUCUUCCCCGAAACCACUAACUUGGUCCUGCCCACCACAGUGCAGGAGGCGGAUGCCAUUGGCGUGAAGAAGAAACCCGCAAAGACACAGUCCGAGCAGCCAGGCCAAGUUGUUCCGUAAAUCAUAGUAAUAAGCAUAGACACUAGGGCAGCCUGCAAAUACAAAGACAUUUAUCUUUAAAGUCUAAACUGUUAUAAUAUCCAUAAGAAUAAUUCAUACUAACUACUCGUAUAAUAUAGCAAUAAACAAGCAAGAGUUUUGCUGGGCGGUAA